CCCCAGCCCCAGGGAUGGGCCCGAAGAGGAGGAAGAGGAGAGACCCCUGAGCCGGGGGGAGCUGCGGGAGCGCGUCCGGAGGGAGGUGCUGAGCCGCGAGGGGCCCCCCCCCCACCGCCCCGACCCUCUGGAUGGAUCUUGGGGAGCCCCUGGACCCCUCCGAGGCCUGACCCCCCCCCUCCAUGUGUGUCCCCCCCAUGUGUGUGUGUCCCCCCCCCCAUAUCCGUUCCCCCCCGCCCCGUUGCCACGGAAACCAAAUAUUUGGGGCUGUCGCGGUCGCGUUGCUCCGGCAACAGCCAAAACUUCCCAAAACAGCCCAAAACGGCCCAAAACGAGGGGGGGGGGGCCAGGUUUGGUGACGUCACCGGUGACACCACCCCGCCCUGGGGACCCCCGUGUCCCCCCCAUCCCACCCGGUAACCCCGUGACGUCACCCCCCGGGACCCCCUGACGUCACCCCCUUGGCCACACCCCGCUCCCCUGCCCCGACCCCGCCCCGGCGGACACCGCCCGGAGAGACCCGAACCCGGCAAAGUCCCGUCCGGAGAGACCCGAACUCGCCCGGAAGGACCCGAACCGGGGAGGACCCGAACCCGCCCGAAGGGACCUGAACUCCGAAGUGAUCCGAACUCCGGAGGGACCCGAAAGUGUCCGGAGGGACCCGACCCCGCCCGGAGGGACCCGACCCCGCCCGGAGGGACCCGAACUCCGGAGAGACCCGAACCCGCCCGGAGGGACCCGAACCCUGAAUAGACCCGAACCGGGAGGGACACGAACUCCGGAGAGACCCGAAAGUGUCCGGAGGGACCCGAACUCCGAAGGGACCCGAACCCGCCCGAAGUGAACUGAACUCCGGAGGGACCCGAACCGUUCCGGGAAGACCCGAACCCGCUCGACCAUGCCGCUCCGCUGCCCGCCGCCGCCGCCGUCUCCGCUGCGGUGCGCGCAGGCGCUGAGCUGCUGCGUGGCGUUCAGCACGGCGGCGGCGGCGGGGCGCUGGGCGCCGGGCGAGGGCGCGGGCUGCGUGUCCGCCUGGGCGCUGGCGUUCGCGGGCUCGGCGCUGCUGCUGGGCGCCGAGGCGCUGGGCCGCCUCCCGCCGCGCCGCGACCUGCCGCUGGCGCACGCCGCGGCCGCCGCCACCGCCUGCGCCGCCGCCACCGUGCUCUGGCCCCUGGGGCACCUCCGCGGCGACGACGGCGGCGACGGAGCCCGCGGGCGGGCGCUGCGCGUUACGGCGGCCGCCGCGUCCGGUCUCGCCGCCGCUCUCUAUGGGGCCGAGGUGCUCCGUGACCGGGCCCGGCCCGGCCAACCCGCGCCCUACAUGGCGACCCCGCCCGGGCUGCUCAAGGUGGUGGAGACCGUGCUCGGGCUCCUGCUGCUGGGGCUGGCGGCGGAGCAGGGCGCGGGGGCCGGCCCCGAGGCUUGGCGCUGGUGCCUCGGUAUCUACUGCGUGAGCUUCGCCGUGGGGCUGGUGCUGGUCGUGGGGUGCCUGUGGGGCUGCGGGGCGUGCGGGUGCGGGCAGGACCCCGCCGGUGCCCGCCGGGCGCUCGGGCUCUACGCGGCCGCGGGGCUGGUGGCUUAUGGGGCGGCCGCGGUGCUGUGGCCGCUCUAUGGGUUCCGGGAGGAGUUGGGGGGCCGGGCGCGGCGCCCCGCGGGCUGCGGGCCGGGCUGCGCCUGGGACCGCGCCGUGCUGGUGGCGGUGCUCACCGCGCUCAACCUGCUGGUCUAUGGGGCGGAUCUGGGGCACAGCGGGAGGCUCGUGCUGCUGCGGGGCUGAGCGGCGGGAGAGGGGGGCGCUGUGGGGCGGGAUCCAGCCCCUUAUGGGGGCUCUAUGGGGCAGGAUCCAGCGCUUUAUGGGGUGUCUGUGGGGCAGGAUCCGGCCCCUUAUGGGCAUCAUGGACCCUCUAUGGGGCAGGAUCCAGCCCAAAGUGGGUCUUGGGGUCUCCAUGGGGCAGGAGCUGGUCCUAAGGGGGGUUCUGUGGUGUCUAUGGGGCAGGAUCCAGCCCCUUAUGAGGAUCACGGAUACUCUAUGGGGCAGGGUCUGGUCCUAAAGUGGGUUCUGGGGUCUCAAUGGGGCAGGAGCUAGUCCUAAAGUGGGUCUUGGGGUGUCUAUGGGGCAGGUUCUGGCUCUUAUGAGCAUCAUGGAACAUCUAUGGGGCAGGAUCCAGCCCCUUAUGGGCGUCAUGGAUCAUCUAUGGGGCACAUUCCAGCCCCAUAGAGGGGUUUUGGGGUGUUUAUGGGGCAGAUCUGGGUCCAAAAGGGGGUUGUGGGGUGUCUGUGGGGCAGAAUCUGGCUCUUAUGUGGGUCUUGGGGUGUCGCCAUGGGGCAGGAGCUGGUCCCAAAGGGGGUUCUGGGGUGUCUGUGGGGCAGGAUCCAGCCCCUUCUGGACAUCACGGAUCCUCUAUGGGGCACAAUCAGCCCCAAGGGGGGGGGGGGGUGUGUGACCGGUUGGGGGAGGGGCAACCACCGAGCCCUUAAAUGGGGGGGGGUCGGGGGGGGCUGCGGUGACAUUAAAGGGAUGUUUCUACUUCUUAAA